AAAACGAUGGUGAUUUGCAUUCGUACAUGAUUUAACAAAUCCAUUUUGCAUUUCAUUAUCAUUUCUUCUCUCUCUGUCUCCCUCUCUUUCUCUGCCUCGCGGAAUUUUUGCUGCAAAUCUAACCUUUCCUUUCAAUUAUUCUCUCUCUUUUUUGUUUGUCGGCAAUCGAAUCCGCCAUUUUUUGAUACAUAUUAGAUUCUGAUAUUUUGUUAAAUCAGGUGGAAAUAUUGAAGACAGAUUUUGUUGAAUUUAUAUAUAUGCGUGUGUAUAUAUCUAUAUAUACAUAUAGAUUGAUAAAUAUAGAUAUAUAGAUAUAGAUAUAGGUAUAGAUAUAGUAGAUAUAUAAUAAAUCUGGAUAAUAGAAGGGACGGAGCUAGGAAAUGUCCUCGAAUAAAGGUGAGCAUCAAACGAUCCCGUUAUCGGUGUUAUUAAAACGAGAGUUAGCGAAUGAGAAGGUCGAGAGACCGGAUAUUGUUAGUGGUCAGGCAAAUCAAUCUAAGAAAGGGGAAGAUUUUACAUUCAUCAAAAGCGAAUGCCAACGCCUUAUAGGUGAUGGCGUUACUACUUAUUCUGUUUUCGGGGUUCUUGAUGGCCAUAAUGGGUCUGCAGCAGCUAUAUAUACAAAGGAGAACCUAUUAAGUAAUGUUUUGGGUGCCAUUCCUCCAGACCUUAACCGGGAGGAAUGGAUCGCAGCAUUGCCUAGGGCGUUGGUGGCCGGUUUCGUGAAAACAGAUAAAGACUUUCAAGAAAAAGGCCAACUGUCGGGAACAACCGUCACCUUUGUAAUUAUUGAAGGCUUUGUGGUUACUGUAGCCUCAGUUGGUGAUUCCCGCUGUAUACUUGAAUCAGCGGAUGGAAGCCUACAUUAUCUAUCCGCAGAUCAUAGAUUUGAAGACAACGAAGAAGAGACAGAGCGUGUAACCGCUAGCGGUGGUGAAGUUGGUCGGUUAAAUACUGGUGGUGGUCAGCAGAUCGGUCCAUUGAGAUGUUGGCCUGGUGGUUUGUGUCUUUCACGAUCCAUUGGAGAUCUGGAUGUUGGGGAAUUCAUUGUUCCCGUUCCUUAUGUUAAGCAAGUGAAGCUGUCAUCUUCCGGUGGAAGACUAAUCAUUGCAAGUGAUGGUGUCUGGGACGCUUUAUCUGCAGAGGCGGCUCUAGACUGCUGUCGUGGAAUGCCACCAGAUGCAGCAGCUGGACAAGUCGUUAAAGAAGCUGUACAACCGAAAGGAUUAAAGGACGAUACAACCUGCAUGGUGGUUGAUAUUUUACCUGCAGAGAAGAUAAUACCUCCAGUCCCACAACCAAAGAAGAUGAGCAAGGGUGUAUUUAAAGUCAAGGCUAUGUUUAGGAAAAAAUGUACAGAGUCAACAUCUCAAAUGGGUGAAGAAUAUCUCGUGCCAGACGUAGUGGAAGAGCUGAUUGAGGCAGGAUCUGCUAUCCUUUCUGAAAGGUUAGAUACUAAAUAUCCCCUUUGUAACAUGUUCAAGUUGUUUUCAUGUGCGGUGUGUCAAGUGGAAAUGAAGCCCGGGGAGGGUGUUUCGAUACAUACAGGAUCAUUAACUAACAGAAAGAAUUCAAGGCCCUGGGAUGGUCCUUUCCUUUGUGUAAGCUGCCAAGAGAAGAGAGAAGCCAUGGAAGGAAAAAGCCAUUCUCGAAAUGGUCGAUACAGCAGUGGAAGUGAAUAGCAAAAGCAAGUCAAUCACAGUAUAACCUGCAAAUACUUGCAAUUCGUAUGGAACCGAGUAUAUAUGGAAAGUCGAAAAGGUUAUCUUUUUUGAUAAGUUCAUUUCUAUGACCUAUGAAGGUCUUACAUUUUGACCCUCCUUAUAAAAUCAGAUUAGAUAUGUAUUUUGCAGUUAAAAAUCUUCCCCUAACUCCAUGUCGAUAGAACAAAGACCCCACAAAUGUUUUGGGCUCAAACAACUUAUUAGAUCGCCUCUGUCUCAACAGAUACUGAGGUUAUUCAUUCGUAUACUAGUUUUACCAUUUAGUUGAUCUAACCGUCAGAGUGUUAUUUAGUAAGCUCGGGUUUGAGCUUGUGUAUAAUUGUUGGGAGUUAAUGUAUUGAAACUAAGAACAUCUGUGAUUCUUAUGUAUCUAGGCUCGACACAUGCAACAUUAUUUGAUUCGUAAGUAUACAACAGAGAAAACAUAUGUCGUAUAUUAAUAGCAUUCAAAGAUUUUGUUUC